AUGGCCCCUGAUAAGAGAGAAAAGAAGCGCAAGGCCGCACCUGUCGCCGCCGACUCGCCCGCCAAAAAAACCAAGAAGGUCGAGGCUAAGGCCGCCGAUGCCACCAAGGACACUGUUCCCAAGUCUAUCUCGAAGAAGAAUGCCGCAAAGCCCAAGGCUGACAAGACCGCUGCCUCUCCCAAGGCCAAGGCCCAGCCUACCCGUGAGGUCAAGCCUCGUAAGCGCGCUGCAGAUUUCCUGACCGAUGAGGAGGUCGAAGCGCCUGCUGCCCCCGCCAAGGCUGACAAGGAGGCCGAGAAGAAGCCCGCCAACAAGAAGUCCAAGAAGGAGGAGACCGAGGCUGCGCCUACCCUCAAGAAGGCCGCUGCUAAGAAGGCCGCCCACAAGACUAAAAAGCCCGAGCCCGUUGUCGAGUCUGAAGAGGAGGACGAGGAUGUUAUCUCUGCCGCUGAGGAGAGCGAGGCUGAGGAUGACGCCGAGGAUGACCAGACGGCUGCCCUCAUCAAGGGUUUCGAGAGCAGUGAUGAUGAGGGUGAGUCCGGUGACGAGGGAUACAAAGAGGGCCAGCCCAUUCCCAAGAUCCCAGACUCCAAGAAGGCCCAGCGCAAGCUGGCCAAGCAGCAGAAGGCCAACGGUGCUCCUGAGGAGCCCGGCACUGUCUACAUUGGACGCAUUCCCCACGGUUUCUACGAGCACCAGAUGAAGGCCUACUUCUCUCAAUUCGGUGACAUUACCCGUCUCCGUCUUUCUCGCAACCGUCUCACGGGCCGCUCCAAGCACUACGCCUUCAUUGAAUUCUCCUCGGCCACCGUCGCCAAGAUCGUCGCUGAUACCAUGGACAACUACCUCAUGUACGGCCACAUCGUUAAGUGCAAAUUUGUUCCCAAAGAGCAGCUCCACCCCGAGAUCUGGAAGGGCGCCAAUCGCCGCUUCAAGGUGACCCCAUGGAACCGCAUCGAGAAGAAGCGCCUUGAGAAGGGCAAGACCCGUGACCAGUGGACCAAGCGUGUCGAGUCUGAGCAGAAAAAGAGACAGGCCAAGGCUGAUAAGCUCAAGGCUCUGGGUUACGAGAUUGACCUUCCCCAGCUGAAGAGCGUUGACGAUGUCCCUGUGCAGGAGGCCCCCAAGGCUGUUGAGGAUGCUGAGGCUGAGACCGCUGAGAAGACUGUCGAGGAGCCUGCCAAGGCUAUCGAGGCUCCCGCCCCUACUGAAGAUACCCCCAAGAAGUCCAAGAAGGGCAAGAAGGCUGAGGAAGUCCCCAAGGCGGUUGCUACAGAGUCACCUGCUGCCAAGUCACCUGCUACCAAGACCAAGAAGGCGAAGAAGGUCACCAAGACUAAGGCCAAGGCGUAA